CCCCCCCCCCCCAAAACCUCUCCCCCAUAACGGCAUUCAUGUUUUAAUUGGCUUCUUGUCAUGUUAUUUUUUUCCUUGUUCUUUUCCAACUGCCCAUUAGAAUGCCAAACUGAGUGUUGUUUUUUAAACAGUUGUACAUAUGUAUCAGUUUUCAAAAUUAAAUUGACUAACUGCAUCUUUUCAAAUCGGUUGUCUUUAUCUGUUUCUUUCUGAACUUAUCUGAGAUAAGAAUGCAUUUCUGCUUUACCAGUACCAUGAAACACAUUGGCAUCCAGUUAAAUGCCAAGUUUGUGUAAGUGGGCGGGCUUCACCGUGGAAAUGAAAAGGAUGACCUUAUUUGCUGGAAGCAAACUCCCUUUGAGUGAAGGCAUGUGCCUGAAUCAUCUUCACAGGAGCAUGUCUCCCAAUACAGUACACACAGCACGCACCAUCUGUGCUACAGCUGGAGAUGUGAUUGAUAUACCUCACGUCACACUUAAAUGGUUGAAUUGGUCCCUCUCCUAAGAUAUACCUUUUGAUUUCCACAUGAAAACGUUUUGUAAAGUAGUAGGGGUUUUCUCUGGCCUAAUUAUUUCCCUUUUCAUCCUAACAUGCAAUUUUUCACCAGACCCGGAAGAAUUUAAUUUUUUGCUGACCGUUGUGUCACAAGCUGCGUUAUGUUCCAUAACCUCUAUCAAUAUCUUUUGGAUUAAAGGGAUAUUUCAGCUGAAAUGGCUUCCCUAGGCCCAUUGCUCGCUGGUGUAAUGCACACGUCCUCUGUAAAGGCACUCUGAUUUCGAGCAGGCUGUAGGCUGGUGUAGAGAGAAACAGUAUGACAUACAGCAGGAAGGAGGAGGUAAACCUGCACCUGUCCCAACUUUGUACGUAGACCUGCCCAACAUUGCCCCCGAUUGGAUAAUUAGACUGCAAUGCAAUGGAAAAAUAUCAAAACUUUUGGUUAGGCCGCACGUAUUAUUUUAUUUUUUUGUGAAUCCUAUAUAAACUCAUCCCAUUGAACCUUAAGUAUAAUUUUGAUCUUAUUGUUUUGUGCACAUUGAUAUCUUAAGAGUAGUGUUCUUAAACAUAGUAGGCCGGCUCAGAUGUAGAUUGAUCGGAAGCCAUUAAAAGAGUGUCCAUUGUGCGCUAAAAGAGCGCAGUGAUCCCAGAGCGCUUUUCUCAUGUUAAUGCGGACAGUUUGAAACGCAGGGAGCCAUGACGUCCAGGAGAGAGCUGGAAAUAGACUCUCUUUUGGACCUAUUUUACUGAAGCUUUGACUUUGAACGUUUCCUCAUCAAACGUUACCUAGCCCAUCUUUAGCCGUUAUCUGAAGACUAAUGGUUUCAUUGGAGUUUCUGGGCAGGGGUCCAUCUUUGCAGACUGUGCCACUCGGACCGGUGGAGCGCGUCUUGUGCGAUACGACUGCACUGAGACGCACUCCAAGUGGGGCCGAGUACAAGAGGAAUACUAUCAAUAUUUGACCAGAGAGGACAGAAGAAGGGAGCAAGACAAGGAUUGAAAGUGUUGGAAAAGAAAGUUAGUUGUUGAAUUGGACAACAAUCUCAGACUUGUGAACUUUGGAAAAAAGUGGACUUUUACUAACUCACCCCAGGUGGACACCAUUUUAUCUCUGAUGCCCGCCUAGAGCCACAGCAAGAAGGAACGGAUUAAGUGGUUCUCUUCAUUUGUCGGACCUUUGGACCUGUCGGAUUGGGCAAGACUGCCCGAGCACCCAUGAGGAAGGAGAUGAGGAGAUGGACGUUACGUCUCUCGCUGGGGCUGGGGCUUCUCGCGGCCCUGCUGACCAGCUUCUGCUCUGCUGAUGGGAACUACUGCCUGCUGUCCAAGGACAGCAACUGCUCGUCAUGUCUUCGCUCCGGCGUGGGCUGUGCCUACUGCUCAGAUGAGACCUUCAAAGCCGCCCGCUGCGACCUGACUGAGAACAUUCGCACCCAUGGGUGCAGCGCUGCCGGCAUCAUCACCGCCACCAGCAGCAGGAAGAUGGAGCGGGCGCAGCGCAUCGAAAUGUCGCGGGCCGAGGCCCAGGUCUAUCCCCAGGGGAUGACCAUGAGCUUCCUCCCCGGAGAGGCGAAGGAGCUGGACAUGGAGGUGUUUGCACCGGAGAAGGGCCCUCUGGACCUGUACAUCCUCAUGGACUUCUCCUACUCCAUGAACGACGAUCUGAAGAGCCUCAAGCGCAUGGGCAAAACGCUGGCCGAGCUGGUGCAGAGUCUGUCCGACGACUACACCAUCGGCUUCGGGAAGUUCGUGGACAAAGUGGUGGAGCCGCAGACGGACAUGAGGCCCGAAAAACUGGCGAAGCCGUGGCCCGACAGCACACCUCCGUUCUCCUUCAGGAACGUCAUCCCGCUCACCGGCGACGCCGAGUCCUUCAACAGUAAGCUGCAGGGGGAGCGCAUCUCUGGGAACCUGGACGCUCCGGAGGGGGGCUUCGACGCCAUGCUGCAGGCCACCGUGUGCUCGAAACAGAUCGGCUGGCGUAACCACAGCACCCACCUGCUGGUGUUCUCCACCGAGUCGGCCUUCCACUACGAGAACGACGGCGCCAACGUUCUGUCGGGGAUCCUGCCGCGCAACGACGAGCAGUGCCACCUGGACGCCAGCGGUGGGUACACCCAGGACACGACCCAGGACUACCCCUCGGUGCCCACGCUGGUGCGGCUCAUGGGGGAGCACAACAUCAUCCCCAUCUUCGCCGUCACUGAACACUCCUACGACUACUACGAGAAACUCCAACAAUACUUCCCCAUCGCCGAGCUGGGGCUUCUGGACGAAGACUCCUCCAACAUCCUCACCAUCCUGAGAUCGGCCUUCAUUAGUAUCCGCUCCAAGAUGAGCAUCCGGGCGGAGCAGCUUCCCCAGGCCUUCAAGGCGGAGUUCCUGAAGGCCGGCGCGGUGGCCGAGUACGGGGCGUUCAAGGUCAAGCCUGGUCAGAUCGAGAAGUUCAAGGUGCGUCUGCAGGCCCAGAAGAAGGUUGGGGAGCAGCACGUGUGUCAGCUGAAGCCGGACGACAAGGCGGGAGUCACAAGGGUGAAGCCCAGCACCUUCAGCCAGGCGCUCGACAUCAAGACUGAGCUGCUGUGCCCCACCUGCCCCUGUGAAAAUACCCCCUCCCCGGGAGCGGCCCGGUGCAGCACCCACGGAGACCUGGUGUGUGGGAAGUGUCAGUGCUACGAAGGCUGGUUGGGGGCCUACUGUAACUGCUCUGCCAGCGCGUCGUCCCUGGGGGCCGCCCAGUGCCGGGCCCCCGGGGACCAGCUGCCGUGCUCGGGCAACGGGGACUGCCUGUGUGGAACGUGCGUCUGCUACAACCCGGAGCAACACGACGGGACCUACUGCCAGUACGACAAGAGCCACUGCGCCCGCUACGGGGGCUUCCUCUGCAACGAGGACAGCGGCGGCGGCGGCGGCAGCAUGAUGAUGACCACGCAGCACAUGGAGACGAGUGGCGUGAUGACCACGGGCAUGGUGACCCGCCAGGUCACCCAGGGGAUGGUGCAGAAGAGCAUGGUGGGCGGCACCACCGUCACCAAGAAGGUGGAGCGCUUCUACGAAUCCUAA